CUAUUAAUUCUUCUGCAUCCUGCCACUAUGCACUGGUCUUCUGAGAACAUCAAUUUCAUCAUAUUAUUUCUUGCCACAGAGUCUUUCAGCGACUUCCCAUUUUCUGCAGGAUAAAUUUAGAUUCCUUGGCCUGCGUGGUAUUCCAGGAUCCCCAUAAUCUUGUGCAGCUGGUCUCCUGUAUCACCCUUACAGACCCUCCCUUCAGCCAGCUGGGUGCCUUCACUGACCUUAGAAUAAGCCAUACUCAUUCCCAGUGUAAGCUCAUGGCAUUUGUCCUCUACUGCUCCUACGUUCCUCUCAUCCUCCCUUUCACCAGUCUCAUUUCUCCUGCCCAUUUUCAAGAUUCGACUCCAGUCCCACUACAGAUCUUCUCCAGUCUUCAACUUUCAUGGAUCUCUUCUUUCCCUGAAUAGUGCUUGUAGUUAGCAUCCAGCUAUGCCCUGGGCUGUAACUGUUACAUAUGCAUCUGUGUGCUCCCAGUGGGACAGGAAGGCUUUCUCAAUUCCCAGCAGCCUGUCCUGAAUAAAGCUGGUGCACACUUCAAACAGCCACCCCCUGUUUAUUGAGCACUCAGCCUGCAAGGCACAAGGUUACAGUUCUUAACAUAAUGCUUCCUCAAUGUAACCUCCUUUCAUUUCUACUCUGGGAGAGGGCUUUAGAAAAUCAAGAUAGUUCUGAAAGGAUUCUAAGGGUUGAGAUGCAGAGAUUGGCCUCUGAGGCCUGCCUAAACCAUUUCACCUCCACCUAUCUCUCUCAGGCCCUCCCCCCAUUCCACCCCCUGCAAUCUUCAGGGUCACCUCUAGCAGUUUCCUGCACCUGUCCCCCUCUCCAGCCUCUUGCCCCCCACAUGGCUCCCCCUCCACACCCACACUUGUCUCCCUGCCAAAUAACUCCCAUGCGUUCCACUCUGGACCCUCUGAUUCACAGUAGAAAGGCCCUCUUCCUGCUGGCUCUCUGCUCCUCUUAACCCUGAAAUUAAUAUAGUGUGUGUUUUUGUCUCUCAUCUCAUUUUUCUCCUUCUUCAUGUCAGCUAAUGAUUAUUCAGGGGACUUAUCUCAACCUGUUGUCCCUAUCUCAAAUCUGUGUAGUUUUCCUUAGGGCAAGGGUCACGAGAGUGAUGUCAUGGUCAUGUGACUGCUGCCCAUACCUCACUCCCUCUGCUGCCCUGGUCCUAACAUUCUGAAAAACUGAUUGUGUACUCUGCCUCCAGCUCACCUGAACGGAGACCUGAGUGUAAAGAUUUUAUCCUGAUGGCUGACUCUAAACCACUCUUCUCCCUUGAUGGGGACCCUGUGGCUGCAGAAGCCUUGCUCCGGGAUGUAUUUGGGAUUGUUGUGGAUGAGGUCAUUCGGAAAGGGACCAGUGCCUCUGAGAAGGUCUGUGAGUGGAAGGAGCCAAAGGAGCUGAAACAGCUGCUAGAUUUGGAGCUGCGGAGCCAGGGGGAGUCACAGGAGAAGAUCCUGGAGCGGUGCCGGGCUGUGAUCCGCUAUAGCGUGAAGACCUGUGAGCCCUGGGUUCUGGUGGGAAGAGUGUCUGGAGUUUGUACCCAGCUCCACUCUGAGCUCCCUGCCCCCUUCUCCAGGUCACCCUCACUUCUUCAACCAGCUCUUCUCAGGUACACAUAUGAAAUUGCCCCUGUGUUUGUACUCAUGGAAGAAGAGGUACUGAAGAAACUGCGGGAGCUGGUGGGCUGGAGCUCUGGGGAUGGGGUCUUCUGUCCUGGUGGCUCCAUUUCCAACAUGUACGCUGUAAACCUGGCCCGCUAUCACCGCUACCCAGAUUGUAAGAGGAGGGGCCUCCGGGCACUGCCACCCCUGGCCCUCUUCACAUCAAAGGAGUGUCACUACUCCAUCAAGAAGGGAGCUGCUUUUCUGGGACUUGGCACUGACAGUGUCCGAGUGGUCAAGGCAGAUGAGAGAGGGAAAAUGAUCCCUGAGGACCUGGAGAGACAGAUCAGUCUGGCUGAGGCUGAGGGUGCUGUGCCAUUCCUGGUCUGUGCCACCUCUGGCACUACUGUACUAGGGGCCUUUGACCCCCUGGAAGCAAUUGCUGAUGUGUGCCAGCGUCACGGACUGUGGAUGCAUGUGGACGCCGCCUGGGGUGGAAGUGUUUUGCUAUCACAGACACAUAGAAAUCUCCUGGAUGGGAUCCAGAGGGCUGACUCCGUGGCCUGGAAUCCCCACAAGCUCCUUACAGCAGGCCUGCAGUGCUCGGCUCUUCUUCUCCAGGACACCUCGAACCUGCUCAAGCACUGCCAUGGAUCCCAGGCCAGCUACCUCUUCCAACAAGACAAGUUCUACGACGUGGCCCUGGACACAGGAGACAAAGUGGUGCAGUGUGGCCGCCGUGUGGACUGUCUGAAGUUGUGGCUCAUGUGGAAGGCACAGGGCGGGCAAGGGCUGGAGCGGCGUGUUGACCAGGCCUUUGCCCUUGCCCGGUACCUGGUGGAGGAAAUAAAGAAGCGGGAAGGAUUUGUGUUGGUCAUGGAGCCUGAGUUCGUCAACGUGUGUUUCUGGUUUGUGCCCCCCAGCCUGCGGGGCAAGCAGGAAAGUCCGGAUUACAGUGAAAGGCUGGCUAAGGUAGCCCCUAUACUCAAGGAGCGCAUGGUGAAGGAGGGCUCCAUGAUGAUUGGCUACCAGCCCCAUGGGACCCGGGGCAACUUUUUCCGCAUGGUCGUGGCCAACCCAGCGCUGACCCGGGCUGAUAUGGACUUCCUUCUCAAUGAGCUGGAACGGUUAGGCCAGGACCUCUGAGCCUCCUCCUUCUGGCUGCUGGUCUUGACACCCCCGCUCACCCUCACUGGCUCUGUGUAUUCCUGCUCUGUGUUAUCAAACUUUUUAUGAAAAAGUGGCUAUAAUAGUGUUUAUAUGCUUUGACCUACUAACUCUGCUAUUAAGUAUUUGAUAUCAGGAGAAUGUUUAAAUAAACUAUAGUAUAUCCUUAUGAUGGAAUGUUA